AUGGCAUCCAAAAAUCCUCUGACAGCCGGCUUCCCUCCGCGCGAUGUCGGCACCAAAGAAGACGGCAUGGUUCAUAACUCAGAGCAAGCCUCGGACUCGGAAGUUAAGCACAGCAUGGCCAUCAUUCAUGGCAACGCCCCAAACGACAACACGCUCGAUACCAACUUCCAAGAGAGUGUGCAGAAGGCUGAGGCUAUCACAAUUGCUUGGACUUUGAAGGCCUUGAUCGUCGCCUACUCCGUGAUCUGGUGCGUCUACUUUGUCCAAGGGAUCGUCAUCGGAGUCGGCGGAGCUUUGCUUCCCUAUGUCACGUCCGACUUUGCGGCACACUCGCUCAUUCCUACCACUGGUGUCUUAAGCCAGGUCAUCGGGGGUAUCGCGAACCUGUGCAUUGCGAAAAUUCUGGGUGUUUUGGGUCGACAUUCUGGCUUCCUGUUGUGCGUAAUCAUCGCCACCCUCGGACUCAUUAUGGCGGCUUCUUGUAACGGCGUAGAGAAGGCCAAGAGACAGGGAGUUAUUCCAGCACGGACGCCGGCUGGUCGUACAUUGCUGCAGUCUGUACUACAUUAUGUCCACGACUUUAAUGUUGUUGGGCUGCUACUUCUCUCUGCUGGUUUUGCCUUCCUGCUCCUGCCGUUCAACCUUUACACGAUGUAA